UCCAAUAUGGCAGCCUUGUGAAGAGAACAUGUGCUUGGCGUUUUUAAUUGCUGUAUUUUAUUAAAGAUUGAGACAUGUCAUAUCAAACAAGUCUAUGAAAGGUUAUAAUAUAAAACAGUCAUGGGCGAAUUUAGGGUACACAGAGUCCGAUUUUUUGAGUAUCAACCUAAGGCUAUUCAGUCCAUUGUAUAUGGAAAAGAAGUAAAUAAGGUUGCCUUAUCAAGGUCUGAUGGUUGUAUUGAAAUAUGGGAUGUAGCCAAUGACUGGUAUCAAGCAAAGAUUAUACCAGGAAGUGAAUCUAAGUCUAUAGAGACCUUGUGCUGGCAAGGAAAGAGACUGUACUCAGCAGGUCUGGAUGGAGAUGUGGUGGAAUAUGAUCUCAAGAAACUAGAACCCAAGGCCACAGCUUCAUCCAAUGCUGGCCCAGUUUGGUGUUUGACCACAGACUCAAAUGGAAAAUUUCUGGCUGCUGGUACAGAGGAGGGCUGCAUUGUUUUAUUUGACACAGAUUACAACUCUCUACAAUAUUACAGAUCUUUUGAUAAACAGGAAGGUCGAAUUUUAUCCAUUGCUUGGAACACCAGUCUAGAGGUGAUUUUGACUGGAGGGGUGGAUAAUAUGAGACUCUGGAGUGUAAAAUCUGGUCAUGCUGUUCAGAGAAUGACUCUAGGGAGGGUGGAGAAAAACAAGGAGACUAUUGUGUGGUGUGUGGCCAUCCUUAGUGAUAUGACUUUAGUCAGUGGAGACUCGAGAGGUAGAACUAUCUUCUGGAAUGGCAAACAAGGAACACAGAUAAAGAGUUUUCAAAAUCACCAAGCAGAUGUCUUGUGUUUAGCAGUUCAUGAGAAUGAAAAACAAGUAUUCUCCUCAGGAGUGGAUCCAAAAGUGGUGCAAUUUCAGUACACCACCACCAGUCAGGAGAGUGACUGGAAUAUGUGGGUCAGAACCUCCGUGUGGUAUCAACACACACACGACGUGAGGGCACUGGCCAUCACAGGGAGGGAUAUAGUGUCUGGGGGAGUAGAUACAAAUCUGCAGCUGAAUCGACUUGGGAAGGAGAAAAAUAAGCAAAAAAUCCGAGCUAUAACUAUGCAUCAGUUGGUGGGUGUGGCUAAAGACAGAAAUGCCCUCCUGCUACAGUAUCCUGAUUAUCUAGAGCUUUGGAGACUAGGAAACACUAGGAAAACUUCAGAUAAAGAUGGUGAAAUGCUUCCAGAGGAAGUUUCCCCUCAGAAACUAAUCCAGCUGAAAACUAAAGAUGGACAACAUAUCUCCUGUAGUGCAAUAAGUUCCAGGGCUAACUGGAUGUCAUACUCGGAUAUUGAUGGAGUCAAACUGUACAAAAUAGAGAUGGAUGACUCAGAGUCAAUCAGCCCUGCAGUCAGCAUGAAGAAGAUAAAGAAAUCCCUUCCCCCUUUCUCUGCCCAUCGCCUCGUUUUCACAGCUGAUGAAAAGUUUUUAGUUAUAGCCACAUCAUGUCAAAAAAUUGUAGUUAUCUCCCUGGAAGAAGAUUCAGUGUCUAUAUACCACAGCUGGGAGGAUUUCACAGAGGAGUCUAUUCAUCUACUAAGUGCGAGUCCAGACAGCAAGCUGGUGGCCGUGGCAGACCUGUCUUACAAAGUAUCUGUGAUAGGACUGGAGUCUAAAGAGGUUGUAUGCCAAUUACCCAGUUAUAGGUCAACAGUAACAGCUAUGACCUUUACGUCAGACAGUGGGAAAUUGAUCACAGCACAUGCAGACCAAAAGAUUUACGAGUUUGACAUCCAUAAAAGGGAAUAUAGUGACUGGUGCCGAGAAGUGUGUAGCAGUUUCCCGGAUGCUUGGACGCGGCGGCACCAAAAGAUCUUCUGUAUAUCUACCUCACCACGUUACCCUGAUAAGAUAUUCUUUUGUGACCUGGACAAGUUUUUCAUCCUAGAUAAAACUCAGCCGUUCCCAGACAGAAAAACAAAACCUUUUGACCUGGUGGCUAGACCAAAUUCUUCAAAAGUGACGGCCUUUCAUGUUUGUACAAGAUUUCGUUACCUAAUUCAUAUGGACUUUGUCAAAGAUGAUUGGGUGGUCAUGGUGGAAAGGACUAAAUUAGCCAUGAUGGAAUCACUUCCAAUGGCUCUACAACAGAAAAAGUUCGGAACCUGAGGAGAGUUCAAAUGAUAAGUUAAUGAGUUGAAAUUCAAUCAGCAAGAGAACCUGGAGCCAGUGAAAAAAUGUGAUAUGAUGCUUAUGACCAGAAUUCUUCUUAAAAUUUGUGAAAGAUGCAUAAAGACAUACCAUAAGAAAUGCAAUCAUUGGCACAUCUAGAGUUGAAUAUGAUAGAUAUCUCAUUAAAAAAAAAAACCUGCCAGAUGUUGAUUAUCACUUGUGAGAAAUCACAGAGAGCAGAUAAAUUGUUUUCUGUAGGACAAAAAUUCUACAUGAGAUUCAGGGCUGAAUGGCCAACUGUUUUAUGGAAUUUCUCAUGUACAUGUUUAGACUGCAUGCAGUCUUGUUGUUAUGAAUGCUUUUUUACAUAUAAUGUUAUGUAGAGUUCAAGAAACAAGUUCAAGAAAUAGCUGAUUAAUAAAAAUACAUGUAUGUACUGUAUAUUUACAUGUAUAAAUAUGUUUUAGUUUUAAUCAGUCUUUUUAAAAUCAAAUUAUAUUCUACAAAGAAUGCUAGUAUGAUGCUUAGGCAGCUUUAUAUCAAAAUCAUGCACAUGCAGUGAUGUUUGGAUGUUCCUCCUUUGUUAAAAAUAUUUUUUGUUUUACAAAAUUGCAAAUUGGGGAUUAAAUCUAUUUAUGUUACAUACUC